UCCCAACAGCUAGGAUACUCAAUGUGCAGGCUGUUCUCCAACAAUCAAACUCUUCUGUGCAAAGAAAGAGAGGUGUCAUGGCUGUAACUAUCUGCCAAUGCUUGGGAUUCUUGAUCUCAGCUAUUGGAGUGGUUGGUAUAACUGCAGCAACCGCUAUGAAUCAAUGGAGCACCCAGGACCUUUAUAAUAAUCCUGUGACUGCUGUUUUCAAUUACCAAGGCUUGUGGCAGACCUGCGUGAAAGAGAGUUCUGGAUUCACUGAAUGUCGGUCCUAUUUUACCAUUCUGGGGUUACCCGCUAUGUUCCAAGCAGUCAGAGCCUUGAUGAUUGUAGGAAUUGUCCUGGGGGCCAUCGGCUUACUGGUGUCAGUCUUUGCUCUUAAGUGUAUUCGGAUUGGUAGCAUGGAGGAUGCUGUCAAAGCCAAAAUCACAUUGACCUCUGGCAUCAUGUUCAUUGUAGCAGGCUUGUGUGCAAUCAUCGGAGUGUCUGUAUUCGCAAACAUGUUGGUGACAAACUUCUGGAUGACCACAGCUAACAUGUACACCGGUGGCGCCAUCAGUGGAAUGGGAGGAAUGGGGGGCAUGCAAACUCUCCAAACACGAUACACAUUUGGCUCAGCACUGUUUGUUGGAUGGGUUGCUGGUGGUCUGACGUUAAUCGGUGGUGUCAUGAUGUGUAUAGCUUGCCGAGGACUUAUGCCUGAAGAAACAAAUUACAAGGCUGUUUCCUAUCACGUAUCUGCAAAAAGCCCAGGGUACAAGACAUCUGUCUAUGAAGACAAGAGCAAGAAAUCUAUUUACAAUGAGUCUCGACGCAGUGAAGAUGGAAAAAGCUACCCUUCAAAAUAUGAUUAUGUGUAACCCCUGCAAGGGAUCGACCAUUUAUCUGUCAUGGCAGAGUGUUGUUCUGUGGAAUGUAAGAUAAAGAGCCUUCUGUACCCAGCGUGUAAGACAAUAAGAUAUAUUUUAGUGCUUCACAACAGCUUGACAACAGUCUUGUGCCUUAUCAUAGCUUAGUAAAUGUGAUACUUACUUUUCACUUUCAGAAUAGCUUAUACUGAGCACCCAAACCCUAAAAUAAUUUCAGUCCUUCGGUCUUUGUAACAUUUCUAUUUAUUACAAAAAUAUCCAUAAGAACUAAA